AUGUCAGAGAUUAGGAUUUACUUCCCUAUACCAGGUCAAGAGAAUCAGGAUUUCUCUUCAUUUUGUUCAGGCUUGGUAGUGGUUCUUCAAUGGAGCGAAGGAGACAGAAAUUCGAUGACCAGCUCUGCCACAUUUCCUCAAGGGGAUUUCACGGACAUAGAUGAUGAUCCACGUGAUGAUGAAAUUCUUAGACCUCUAUCUCUUCUAUCUACAGCCGGAAAUCUCCAUCCAUUUUCUCUUCUUGAUCCUACACUUGGUAGAAAUAUAUUUUAUACUCAUCUCGGUUCAACAAACCAGAGGCCAUUUGUUACACAUCCAAGAGAGGUAAGGGAGAUUCCAAUAGAGGUUAAGGAUGGUAGUCAAUCCACUCCUCAAGUUGGCCACAUUCCAAUCGUUAAAGAUGUCACUGGAACUGUUCAUGCCCAAGGUUCGGGUACACAUGGGAGUGUCGUAAUAAUUAAUGAUGACGAUGACGAUGAUACUCCACCUGCUCCGACUCAUACUUUGCCUGAUAGUAGUAUAAUACCUAGUGCUCCCAACUUUGAUAACUUACCAGAUAAUGGCAAUGACAUAGAAGAAGAAAUGAUUUAUGCAGCCAUUGAGUCAUCCAAACAGAAGGCUGAGGAAAAUUACAACAAUCACGAACUUGGUAGACAAGUUAACUUAAGUGAAUCUGGGCCUAACGCAAGGCAAACAUUUGUGGAGGAUCCUGAGCUUGCCCAUGUAGUUUCAUUGUCCCUGAAGACAGCAGAACAAGAAAAAGCACGACGUGUACAAGAAGGUGAUGUUGGAGCACCUUCAGCAGGACCAUCUAAGGCACCAGCGGUUGAAUUAGGGGAAGUAUCUUCGAAUGGGAGAUUGCAGGCAGGAAGCUUAUCCUAUAAAGAGGAAGAUAGAUACAUAUGUGGACUAUGUGCAGAAGUUUGGUUUGUUUCAUCCUGUACCUGA